UACACUAGGUGGCGAAAUAAUAUCUAACGUCCACUCCAGUCACCAAAAGAGACGAAGAAGACGAAACAGGAGCCAGAGCCGUAGCAUAGCUGUUUUAGCUCCAACAAGAAAAUGGACACACGGUUCACUCGAGGGAAGUCCUCCAUCCUGGAGCGCCCCCUGACCCGACCCAAGACCGAAGUGAGUCUGAGCGCCUUCGCCCUCCUCUUCUCGGAGAUGGUGCAGUACUGUCAGAGCCGCGUGUACUCCGUGUCCGAGCUGCAGACGCGCCUGGCGGACAUGGGUCAGAGUGUGGGCGCCAGCAUGCUGGACGUGCUGGUGCUGAGGGAGAAGAACGGGAAGAGGGAGACCAAAGUGCUCAACAUGCUGCUCUUCAUCAAGGUUAACGUGUGGAAGUCCUUGUUUGGGAAGGAGGCGGACAAGCUGGAGCAGGCCAACGACGACGACAAGACGUACUACAUCAUCGAGAAAGAUCCACUCAUCAACGUCUACAUCUCUGUGCCCAAAGAGAACAGCAGCUUGAACUGCGCCGCCUUCACCGCAGGCAUCGUGGAGGCGAUCCUCACACACAGCGGCUUCCCCGCCAAGGUCACCGCCCACUGGCACAAAGGAACUACGCUGAUGAUAAAGUUCAACGAGUCGGUCAUAGCCAGGGACAAGGCUUUGGACGGUAGAUAAGAAAGGCUGGAGAACGAAAGGAUGUGGGAUGAGGAGGAAUCAUCGGAUACGGACUGAUGUGCUGAAGACUUCACUGAGCCACAAGUAGAGCAGAAAUGAUGCAGCUAGGCAGUUUUGUGGAUCGUCUCAGUUAAAGUAUUGUCUGACACUUAUUUUACACAGUAAAUAAAAGAUAAUUGCAUCAGAUGAUACAGCAACUGGCCAAAAAUAAAAGGCACACACUUGUAAUAUUUUAUUGGACCAUAUUUGCUUUGAUUUGAUCGUGUAUUGAUGUAAUAACCUAAUGCUAAGUCAUAAAACUCAUUUCCAACCAGAGAUGCUUUACAUUUUUCUGAAGCAAUCCCAGGUCAUAACGAUCCCUCCAGGGCCCUGUAGUUGCAGCCAGUCUUCUCCAUUUUCGGUCCUCAGGCACUACUGUCCUGCUGUCUUUCACCUCACUCAAAUUAUUGGUUCAGUUUUUUGGCAGAACUUGAGCAAAAUCUGUUUAAAAGAUCCACCUUGAACCAGAUGUGUGUUAUAGCAGAGAAACAUCUGAAUGCUGCAGGUCAGGGGCCAGAGGACCAGUAGCUGCAGCAUAAAAUGAGCUGCUCCUCGGGAUAUAUAUAUAUAUAUAUAUAUAUAUAUAUAUAUAUAUAUAUAUAUAUAUAUAUAUAUAUAUAUAUAUAUAUAUAUAUCAUCAUCAUCAUCUUUAUUUGUCGGACUCAAGGUCCAUAAAAAGAAACAUCAAACAAACACAACAACAGUUACAACAACAACAUAUAUAAUGUAUGGGAUGUGUUUUUGGGCAGUUUUUGUACAAUAAUUGUUUUUUUUUUUAUUUAGUCACCAUGCUGUAAAUAAAUGUCAUAUUAUUUGGUUGCUAAUCUUCUUCAGUUGCUUUAUUAACCAAUUAUUGAAAGUCACUUUUUGCUAAAGAAUGCGUUCUAUACGGUAAAAUAAAUACGUCCAACUAAGAA